AUGUCUUUGAAUGGGCUCGAUAGUGCCCCCGUCGUCGAAGCCUACCAAAGUGCCCUGGCUGACGCGGGCGGGUGGUUUCUAUUACACUAUGUUGCAAGAGAUGAGGUUGCCCUCCACGAACGAGGCGUCGGCGGGGUGCCCGAAAUCCGGAAUGCCAUUGACGGCUACGAGGAAUGCUCGCCGCUCUAUGGCUUCCUCCAAUACCGGCGCAGAAAAGUGAUUAUCCGAUACAUGCCGGAGGGAUUAUCUCGGCUUAUACUAGCUCGAAGCAAUGUCCAGUUCCAAUUCGUGAUCGACAAGUUCACCCCCAACGACACCAUACUUCCUCUGUCCAAAGCCUCCGAUCUCACCGAAAGCGCCCUGUCCUCCGCUUGUCUCCUCCAUACCGCGUCGACCUCAAUUACCUCUUCCUCAAGCUCGCUUCGUCGCCGCCGACUGAUGGAAAUCACGGAGGAUGCCGAGGAGAACGGCACAAAGGAUGAAGCUCCGAACCCAAUCACACAUCUCCAGUCGGAGGCCCGACGCAGACCAAGGAGUGUCAAGUCGGAAGCUACCUUGGUGCCGUCGCCAAUUGAACAUCCCGUGGAACCGGAACUACCCCCGAUAUCACCAGAAAGUGAAAAAGCACCAGUCGAUCUCAUACCACCCCCAUCCCGAUCGAGCUCCCGAGCCACACUCUCUCGAGGGAGUCCCGUCGAACCACAAUCAGCGACAAUGUCCCCUAGGUCCAUAAAAUCAGAUCGCUCCCGCUCCAGUUCCAGGUACCGAACUAUCUUGGAUGAAUUCCCCCGUCCUUCGGAAGAGGCCCGGUUGUCCAGCCAAUCCAGCCGUCCCUCACUCCGAGAUUUGGAACGAGCCGCGGGAUAUACGCCAAAGGUUAAGCUGGGACCCCGACCGUCCGUGGAUAGCAGUGGUAGACCCCGCACAGCAGGCAGUUCUCGAAAUUUAGACCAACGUCCUGUUGCAUCCCUCCCGACAAAUAUGCGCUCAUCUUCCGUGCGAAAGCAAAACAAUGACGCGCCGCGCCCUCGAUCUCAGGGGAGCACUUUCGCAAUCAAACCCACUAGUCGUGUUCCACCAGUCCCCCCUUUGCUGGUUCCACCCCCCUCUAUCCCUAUUUCGAGACCUCAGCUUUCCCCUGGCGCCAAAUCCCUCGGAGCUCUGUCGACCUCCUCGGGAUUGACCCCUGAGAAAGAACGUUUGAUGAAGGCUUUGCAGCAAAGAAGGAAGAAUAUGGCCAAGCGUGCGGAGGAAACGAAAAAGAAGCAGGCCUCUGAGGAAGGGCUCAAACCAGUGAAGCAUAUCGCCAAGGAUCUGGAUGCCGAUAAAGAGAAUCUUAUUCAGAUUCACUAUCCCGAUUCUGAAAUGAUGCUGUCUGAGCCCGAGACAAUCCAACAGGAUCAACAGGAGUUACCUUCAGCCAAUUCACCCGUGCCUCCUGACUCCGCCCCUGAGCCUGCCUCCGAGUCUAUUCUUAAACCCGCGUUCGAGCCCGUUCAUGAUUCCACUCUUGAACUUGCCACCGAACCUGUUCCUGAGAGCGUUAUUGGAUCCGCUCCUGAUCCUGUCGUCGAGGAAAUUGCUGAAUUCAGUCCCGACCUCGCUCCUAAUUCGGUUGGAUCAAAUUUCGAAGCUGUCCGUGAAUUAGUCGCCGACCCAAUUGUUGAGUCUGCUGUGACGCCUGAGCCAGAGCAGCUUUCUGGGCCUCUUGAGGCUGAAUUAAACCCGAUCGGUGAUAUUUCCCCUGCAAGCGCUGAGGAUGGGCCAUCCUUACCUACGGCCUCAAGUACCGACAGAUUUAUCUCAGCCGAUCGUGCUGCCACACCUUCAGAGACAGUUAAGGAGGAAACAAUACAGACAACCCCUGAGGAUGAAACACGCACCGAGCACGAGGACUCCGCAAUCUCUGGUCUCGCCCCACCUACCUUUAAUCCCGACGUCCCACUUCCUUCGGAUGCCCCACGAGAUUCAGGGGACGUCUCCGAAACACAUUUCGAAAUUUCUCCAGCUGCAUAUGUACCAACUGACGAGCCUUCUGACGUGCCUAUCUUAGCAGAGGUCCCUCAGGCGGUUCCCCUCCCCUCCGUCCCCUCUAUUACCCCUCUAGAGAGCGUUGGCACGGAAACACCAGUCGCCCCCGUUUUUGUCUCAAUCGAGGUGGACGAACCGACCCCUGAUCGCCUAGUUGCCGAGAUAGCCGAGCCUCUUACCCUGGAUCAGAGGCGUAGGGUCCGCCUGGAGCCUAUUCAAGUGCCUACUCUAGAUUUCUCGGACGACGACAACCUCCUUUCCGACGAUUCGUUUAUGGAGGAAUUGACAUCCGCUACUGUCCAGCAAGCUAGACCGGUAUCUGUGAAAUCUCCCAACGGCGUCGAUCACGCCUGGAAAAAUUUACGCGCCGUCUCUAGCCCGUUCUCUAUGGGGGCAUCGUCGGGUAUGCAGGCUCUAGCAGUGGGCCGGUCCGUUUCUAGCUCCCACUCUGAAAGUCGCCCUACUACGCCGGUUCUCAUGGCCAAGAAGAUCAACGUCUCCUCUGGAAUUUCCAGUCGUAUCAAAGCUCUUGAGAAGUUUUCGAGCCGCGAAGGCACUCCCUUGGGUGCCAGUCCGGCUGUAAGUGCGCCGUCGGCCUCGUCGUCUUUCGAGAACCUUCGGAAACGCGCAUCUAUCUCAUUGCCCGGUGGGAACCACGAAUUCACUCCACCAAGCACAAUGCAUUCUGCUCAUGUCCCUGAGAGCUUUUCCCGUGCGCCGAGCUUAAGUCGGCACAACCGUCAGGUGUCUGUGGAUACUGCGCGACCUGCUAGCUCUAUUUCCGUGACGGCCCGUAUCGUGCGUGAUGCAGAUAUCUCUCCCGUGCCUGCUGGACCUGAGCCCUCGGAGACCGAUGUUGUCAACCCCCAGGCUAGUCCUGUGACUGUGGAGCCUGAGAUAGCUGAGGCACCACUCCCUGAGAUCUCGCCUAUCGAGCCUGCCAGCCGUCCCCAGGACCGAAGCUUGUCAAUCUCAUCUACUACAUCUAAUCGCCAAGCGACAUCUCGCCCUGAAAGCCGUCCCGGAAGCCGCCCCUCUCCCCCCUCGCGCUCUAGGACUGACGACAGCGUCCAAUCAGUCUCUUCGACGCCCGAAGAUAAGAAACCAUCUCGCACUUCGCGACUCAUACGCCGCAUGUCGUCGAUCACAUCCAACUCUCGCCGGAGCAUUAUCGGAGCGCUCAGCUCGCCAGUCAAGGAAGAGGAGUAUGUUCCCACCCUCACAAAUGGGUCGAGUAAGGCUUCAGAGUCUACUAGCUCGCGUACCUCAGAUGCUAUUGAAAUUGGCGAGGUGAACGUCCAGUUCCCAGAAACUCUUCUAUGGAAGCGUCGGGUCAUGCGCAUCGAUGAAGAGGGAUACGUUGUUCUGACACCUGGCACCAAUGAUGCCACCACCCGGAACAUGACUAAACGCUACCAUCUCACCGAGUUCCGCACUCCUUGCCUUCCUGAUGAAGAUAUGCAGGAACUACCAAACAGCAUCUUGCUUGAUUUCUUAGAUGGAAAUACGCUUCAGUGUGCUUGUGAAUCCAGACAGGGACAGGCUUCUGCUCUUCAGACUCUCAUCGAGGCCCAUAGCGCCCACCAGCAAUGA